AUGUCUCAUCCACCAGAGCCGCCUCCGCUCUUCGGAGCAACACCAUCAUCCAUCACCGAAUGCGCUCGACAGCUGAUCCAAAGACUUCGUCAGACGCAGAGACAGAUCAUAGAUACGGUGCUACCAGAAGACGCGACCUUUUCCAAUGUCCUUCUGCCACUCGCACAGGCUGAAAAUGCCGUUUCGGCAGACAAGUGGCUCAUCACAAGUUACAGAAAUUUCUCGCCAGAUGCAGCUCUGCAAGACGCUGCUAACGUCGCAGCUACUAUGUUUGAGGACUUUGAACUUGAAACCUCAUUAAAUAAUGACCUUUUUAAGUUGAUAAAUACCGUGUUACGCAUUGGUGAGCAGCUGGAUGGCGAAUCGCGGCGAUAUCUAGAAAAGAAGUACAAGGGCCAUAUCCGUAAUGGACUCUUGCUCUCAGAAGACUCUUCCCGCCAGCACUUCCAGACUAUGCAAUCCCGUAUCUCCGUGCUAGAGGCUGAAUACAAAAAGAAUUUGGCAGACUCACGUCUAGAAGUCUGGCUUAACCGCCAGGACUUGAGAGGGGUACCGGACGAAGUUUUAUCUAGAUUUAAGAGCGACACCAUUAGGGACGAGCAGAGGUUCCGAUGCGACUCCAGAACAAUCCUUCAGGUUAUGAUGUUUGCCACAAAUGCCGAUAUACGAAGGCUUUGCUAUAUGGCUAGUGAAAACACAUGUCGCGGAAAUGAACUUGUGUUCAAAGAACUCAUCCUGCUCCGUGCCGAAAGUGCUCGUCUACUUGGCUACACUAGCCAUGCUGCGUUGAGACUUGAGGAUAGAAUGGCCAAAACACCAGAUGUUGUCAACAAUUUCCUGACCAAUUUGGUUUCAAUGCUCUCUGAGACAGCAAAUGCUGAGGUUGAGAAUCUCAAAGCCAUGAAAAAGAAUGAUGUCGAGUCUCGUGGAGAGUCAUUUGAUGGAAACUAUUAUUUCUGGGAUCAUGCUUUUUAUAAUCGACUCAUGAUGGAGAGAGAGUAUGAAUUGGAUCAGCAGCAGCUGGCAGAAUAUUUCCCCCUGCUGUCAACUAUAGAAUCUAUGCUGGAAAUCAACCAGCAUCUUUUUGGCUUGGUUUUUACGGAGAUUACCAAACCAAACCAAGAUUCCGGCGUCACCCUCGGGUAUUAUAAGAGCGCCGAGAUGCUCUGGCAUGAUGACGUGAGAGUUUUCAGCGUAUGGAACGAUAAGCAAGAAGGUGGCGACUUUGUUGGCUAUCUGUACCUUGACCUCUACGAUAGGAAAGGUAAACCUCCAACUGCAUGUAAUGUGCCAAUACGACCAGGCUGUAUUCUACCGGAUGGAUCGCGUCAAUAUCCUGCGACUGCACUGCUGUUUGACUUCGAGAAACCUAGCGUCACUAACCCGACGCUCCUUCAGCACCGUGAUGUUAUCUUGUUGUUCCACGAGUUGGGACAUGGUAUCCACGAGCUCGUGGCCCAAACCAAGUUUGCAUGCUUUCACGGAACUGCGUCGCCUGUUGAUUUUGCAGAGAUGCCUAGUCAGGUACUAGAGAACUGGUGCUGGACACCAUCACAACUAAAGCGUCUAGGUAGACAUUAUUCAUACAUAUCCGCGGACCACUUACAAACAUGGAGCGAAGCGGCGAAUGGCAAGCCCAGGCCAACAGAGAGGUUGUCUGAUUUGGAGAUUGCAAAUCUAACUCGUAGCAAGCACUGCAAUAGCGCGUUGUUGUACCUGCGUCAAACGGCCAUCGGUAUGUUCGACAUGUUGGUCCAUCAGAUCACUAACAAUACUGAAGCCGAGAGGUGGGAACUGGCUGUCAAGUGGAAUCAGCUGCGCCGCAAAGUUCUCCCCUUGGCUGGAGGCGAAGCCGUAAAUGGCGAUUGGGCUUGGGGACAUGGUUAUGCCAACUUUAGGCAUCUUAUCGAAAACUAUGACGCUGGUUAUUACAGCUAUUUAUUUUCUCUUGUUUAUGCUGCCGACGUGUUUAAUGCAACGUUUAAACUUGAUCCGGAGAAUACGGCAAAUGGCCGUCGGUAUCGCCAUGCAGUGCUUACAAAAGGGGCAAGCGAGGAUGAAAUGACGAUUUUGACCCAAUUUUUAGGCAGAGAACUAGACUUCUAUCCUUUCUCACAAGAAUUGAACCUAUCAUAG